AUGGAUAUUCUUUUCUGUUUGUAUUUCAAUCCUCCUAUUUCUUCUCUUCCGUUUUCUCCUUUGCCUUCGUCUCCUCUUUCUUCAACUCAUCCGUCGACCUCCAUUUUCCUCUUAUUCUUUCAAACCCUGCUUCUCCUUUUCCUAUUACUCUUCAGUAUUCGCCGUCCUCAUUUUUGCCCCCUUUUAAUCUUUCUAUUUUUCUUUACUCCCUCUCUCUUCCUCCUUCUCCCCCUCCUCCUCCUCUUCAUCCAAUACCUUAUCAUUCGUAUGACCCGACUUCUGCUCAUCUUUCUCCUUCUUUCUCUCCCCUUAUUUAUGUCGUCUUUAUCUAUUUUUCAUUCCGACUACAAUUUUUCCCUCUCCGUCUUUUACAUUGACCCCCUACUUAUAUUCUUUUUCUGUUUAUAUCUAUCUAUCAUUCUCAGCUGUUCAUAUCUAUCUAUCUAUCUAUCUAUCUAUCUAUCUAUCUAUCUAUCUCAGUCUAUUCAUAUCUAUCUAUCUAUCUAUCUAUCUAUCUAUCUAUCUAUCUAUCUAUCUCAGUCUGUUUAUAUCUAUCUAUCAUUCUCAGCUUUUCAUAUCUAUCUAUCUACCCACCUAUCUCAAUAUGUUCAUAUCUAUCUAUCUAUCUAUCUAUCUAUCUAUCUAUCUAUGAGUAUGUCUGCCUUUUGUAUCUUUAUUUUCCCUUCUUUAUUCCCUUCACAGCUUCGUCCCUUAGACUUUUUUGUUCCGCCACAUGUCAAGAACAUUUGUCCGAUGAGAAUUCUUUGCUCAAUUUUCAAAAUGUGCACCCGACCUGCUUUCUACAUCUUCCUUUCAUUUCAUCACCGAUGUCUCUGUUGA